AUGUGUUCCGACAUCACCAAUUUUUUCGCAACUGAUGGUUUUUACGCUGGAACUCUCCAUUUUCUCACGGCAAUUGAAAUACCAUUGCACACAUUCGGCGCUUUUAUGAUAAUUUGCAAAACUCCUGAGAAAAUGCGACAUGUGAAGUGGAUUCUACUACUUCUUCAUUUUGUCGGUGCCCUUCUGGAUAUUUUUCUCAGUUGCCUAACUACUCCAGUUGUGAACUUCCCGAUGAUUUCAGGAUAUCCUCUUGGGCUAGCGGUUCCGUUGGGCCUUCCUAUAAAUGUUCUAGCUUACAUUGGAAUAUCAAUGGUUGGCACACUUGCUGUAACUAUCCUGGUUGUCUUUGAAGAUCGUCAUUAUCAGAUUAUCAAUGCACUGUUUGGUCGAAAGAGAAGUUGGUAUCGACUUCUUUACAUUAUAGUUCUUUAUUUUAUUUCGGCCACUUUUUUGGCGCCAGCUUAUUUGAAAAUUCCGAACGAAAACUUGGCGAAAUUAGUUAUUAAGAAUAAGAUCCCAUGUAUCACCGACGACGUGCUCCAACGCCCUGGCUACUUCAUCAUCUCCACCACAAACACCACGUUCUGCCUAUGCCUCCUUUUCAUGCUUUCAAUCUUUGCAACCCAACUUUUUUAUUUCGUCUUUUCCAUCUUCAACCAUUUCUCUCACACUGUCGCAAAAUCUCGAGCAACGGCUCGUCAACAACGGAAAUUCGUGAUCGCAAUGUGCAUUCAAGUUUUCAUUCCAGUCGUCGUUGUCAUCAUACCUGUCGUUUAUAUAAUCUGCGCGAAUUUUUUCGAUUAUUACAGCCAGGCUGGAAACAAUCUUGCAAUGGCUGCAAUUGUAACACAUGGAGUUUUAACAACAUUUACAAUGCUCAUUGUGCACUCUCCUUAUCGGAAGGCAACUUUGGAAAUGUUUUAUUGCAGUACAAACUACUAACUCUUAAUUAUUAAUGUUUACGAUGCUUUUGUAUCGUUUUCGUUUUUUUUUGUUAGUUUUGACAUAUUAUACUUCAAAAUUCAAAGUUAUUGUGACCACGCUCACAAACAACAUAGUUUUUUCUUCGAUGUUUUGUUUUUAGAUUGUUAUUUUGUUUUGUGAUGAACUUUCAUAACU